GAGGCUGGGGCUGACCUGAACGAUGCAGGUGUGUUGCCGGUCAAAGCUGGGGAAGCGUCCAAGGACAUCAGAAUGGCAACAUACACACACGGUCAGCCCAGUCUUUCUCUAGGAGAUGAAAAAUUCAGAAGACCCAUGGUCAUUGAAAUCAUAGGAAAAAAAAUUGAAUAUCUUAGAAAAGAAAAGACUUUAAAUGUAUAUGGCACAGUGUUCUUUGGAACAGCAGCUAGUUUCUCUGGAAUGUUGGCAAACUUCAUUUUCAGACACUGCUUCAGCAAUAUAAGUCGGGAAAAUUGUGUUCUGAGGAGUUCACUGAUUGGCAUAGUAUGUGGUGUUUUAUAUCCCACUGGUUUGGCUUUUUCUAAAACUGGACGCCUGGCAGUCAAGUAUCAUACUGUUCCAUUGCCACCAAAAGGAAGGGUUUUACUUUACUGGUUCCUGCUUUGUCAAACAGAAAUAAAAGCAAUGAUGAUUCCUCUGGUCUUUCAGACGGCCUUUGGAAUAUUUAAUGGUCUACGGCAUUAUGCAAUAUUUGAAAGUACACUUGAGAAAACUGUACAUGACGAUUAAUCAAAGACUGAAUGGAUACUAAACCAGCAGAAUGUUUUGUUUUGUUUUAUGAUGAGGACUCAGGAGUUAAAAAAGUAACUCCAGACAGUUUGUUUCUGUUCCUCCUGCUUGGUCUAUAGCAGGUACUCAAUAAAUAUUAAGAAAUUCA